UACUCUGCGUUCCUUCUCAACCCCAGGGAUAUGACUAGAACUUCAAAUUCCUUUCCUGGAACUCUCGGUUGUACUAUUUGGGGGGUAGGGGUGAGGGUGGGGGAUGGGUCCUAGACUGUUAUCUGAGACUUAUCCUGACAAGGAUCGAAGGCUGAAGGGACAACCCUGGGCUCCAGAUCCUCUCUUUUGUCUUGGGCCUUUCUUGACAUGCUGCUUUUGGGAAGGACAAGGGCAUAGCCUUCCUUGAAUGUGAUUCAAAUAAAAAGCGCAGGGUCACCUCUGUGUGUCCUGUCCUCAGUCGGUCUCCAGUGCCAAGAAGGGUGGGAGCAGCAGGGAUGGGUCCCGAUUGUGGGUUUGCAAGUGGGCUUGGCUGAAUUUCACAGGAGUGAAGGAUAAGAUCCUUCAAACUAAACAUGCCAGGGCCACUGAAACCGACAGAAACGUGGGGGAGAGAAAGGACACACUAGGUCCCAGAAAGACUGCAGUUCAGUGAGGGACCUAGGUGUGAGGACAGAAGGCCGGCAUGGAUUUCUGGGUAUGAACAUGGGAAGCUGAAGUCUAGACUCUUGGAUUUGAGAGAAGAGGGACCUUGCUCCGGGUUUUCCUAAGUUUGAGGGAGGAGGGAGCUGGGGCGCUAGAGUCAAAGGAGGAGGGGUGUAGAUCCUGGGCACCUUGGUUGACCCAACUGGAGCUUUGCACACGGCUCCCCUCACACCCUGUUAUCGCUUAUCCUGGGCAGGGGAGGAGACAGCAGUAUAUUUAGUCUUUGUCCUCGCCCCUUAUCUCAGUGUCCUCAGUGAGGCUUGAGCAGCCCAGAGGAAACCCAACCUCUAGAGACCUCCAAGGUCACCAGGGACACCCUUCCAGGACCCUCCAGGAAUCUCCGAUCCUGUUCUCUGCCUCUGGAGAUCAUCAUGGCUGAUGAGAGCAGCGAUGCGGUGAGCUGUGAGCUAAGAAGUGGGGCUGGGGAACCGCAGCCUGCGCCUGCUCCUGUCCGACGCCGCUCCUCUGCCAACUACCGAGCCUAUGCCACCGAGCCACACGCCAAGAAAAAGUCUAAGAUCUCCGCCUCCAGAAAACUUCAGUUGAAGACUCUGAUGCUGCAGAUUGCGAAGCAGGAGAUGGAACGAGAGGCAGAAGAGCGACGUGGAGAGAAGGGGCGCGUUCUGAGGACUCGUUGCCAGCCUUUGGAGUUGGAUGGGCUGGGCUUUGAAGAGCUUCAGGACUUAUGCCGACAGCUUCACGCUCGGGUGGACAAAGUGGAUGAAGAGAGAUAUGACGUGGAAGCAAAAGUCACCAAGAACAUCACUGAGAUUGCAGAUCUGACCCAGAAGAUCUAUGACCUCCGUGGCAAGUUUAAGCGGCCCACCCUCCGAAGAGUGAGGAUCUCUGCAGAUGCCAUGAUGCAGGCGCUGCUGGGGACCCGGGCCAAGGAAUCCUUGGACCUGAGGGCCCACCUCAAGCAGGUGAAGAAGGAGGACAUUGAGAAGGAAAACCGGGAGGUGGGAGACUGGCGCAAGAAUAUCGAUGCACUGAGUGGCAUGGAAGGCCGCAAGAAAAAGUUUGAGGGCUGAGCCAUGGCUCCCACACUGUGCUCUGAAGGACGUCCCUGCAGAAUAAACCUCUCCAAACCAGAA